AUGGUGGACUAUUGCUGCAAAGAUGGCUUGGCCAAAGACAAGGAGGACUAUCAGGCAGCCGAAGGCACCCUGACGUUUCUCCCUGAUGAGGUCGAGAAGACCAUCGAGAUCAUCAUUGUCAAGGAUGAUGUUCCGGAGGACAACGAAGACUUCUUCGUGGAGCUCGCCAACCCCCGAAGCUCCAGUAAGGAGGGCUUCGCAGAAUUGGGCUCAGUGGCUUCCGCGAGGGUCAUUAUUGUUGACACCGACGUGCCGUCCAUCAUCUACACCGAUGAAGACUGCAUCAUGGUACACGAGGCGAAGGCAUCUCCCGAGGAGGGCGACAGCCCGAGGCAGAUGGCACAAGAGGUGCAUCUCACUGUGAGGCGGAAGGAUGGCUGCGGACCUGUCUCCUGCAAGUACAUCACGGAGGACGGCUGUGCAGUCGAAGGCCACGACUACGAGGGCUUGGAAGGGGAGCUGCACUUCGAGCCGCACGAGAUGACCAAGGAACUGGUGAUCUCCAUCUUGGAGUCCUGUAGCUACAACCACAAGCUGGAUUUCCGCUUGAUCCUCUUCGAGGCCACCGGUGGCGCGCACUUCGACGCCCAAACCGAUGGCGGUGAGGAGAGUUGUGUCGUCACGCUGGUGAUCACACCACAGGAGGUGGCGAAGGACUUGCGGGCCCGGACCAUGAGGGCCCUUGGGGUGAACUGGCAGAAGACACAGAAGGGCCACGAGAACUGGAAGGAUCAGUUCAUCAAUGCGCUCCUGGUGAAUGGUGGCGAUGAUGAGGCUGGCCCUCCCAGUGGCUUUCAGUGGGCUCUACACUUGCUGACUUUGCCCUGGAAGGUCGUCUUCGCAAUGAUUCCACCUGUGGAUUACUGCGGUGGUUGGCUUUGCUUCUACAUCUCCCUGUGCUUCAUUGGUAUGGUCACGGCCCUGAUCAGCGAUCUAGCGGGCUUGGUGGGCUGUGUGCUCGACCUGCCAGACUUCGUCACGGCGAUCACGCUGGUGGCGUUGGGCACCUCUCUGCCGGACACCUUUGCCUCCAAGGCCGCCGCGGAACAGGACCCCUAUGCGGAUGCCUCCAUCGGGAAUGUCACCGGGAGCAACUCUGUGAACGUGUUUCUGGGUUUGGGACUUCCCUGGACCAUCGGCUCCAUCUACUGGGCGGCCAUGGGCCGAACCGAGGAGUGGCAAACGAAAUACAGCGGCCAGGCGCGCUUUGAAAGCUGGAACAGCGAUGGUGGCAAGUUCGUCGUUAUAGGUGGCGAUCUGGGCUACAGCGUGGUGAUCUUCUCAGCUGGCGCCGUGCUCUGUAUGUCCACCCUCUUCCUUCGGCGCAAGGCCUUUGGUGGAGAGUUGGGAGGGCCCCGACGCUGCAAGCAUAUCACUGCGGUGUUUUUGGUGCUGAUCUGGUGCACGUAUGUGGUCUUGUCCUCCAGCAAGUCUUUGCAAUCAGCUGCAGCAGCUGGCUGUUCCGGCAGCGCCUAG